AUGGAUGAAUCUAUUGACGAAAGCACGGAGACAGCUGACGAAACAUCUCUUUGUCCUCUGAGAACAGCUGAAGAUCGAACGAACGUUCGAAGAAACGUGUUUCCCACUUCAUGUGGUCGAUUGGACAUGAACAUGGUCUAUAGAUGCCUCGAGCUUCAAAAGCGACGCACUGGCAGUCACUGCUCCGCUCCCAGUAUACUGGGGCAAGUUAGCAGCAGUACAGUGAUAGCCACAUCAACGACCGAAUUCGAAACGGCCGUGACUCAAGCCAGAAUAGGUUGGACAAACUUAGCCGUGUGUCUACAAAGCGUCAGCUCUGUCCAGGACGAUGGUUCCCGUUUAAGUCAGCGCGAAAUGAGGAAAGGUCACGAACUGAGCGGGAUGGUCCUAUGUGUGACUCGUAAGUUACGAUACAAUAAGGACCAGGCCUUGGUCGUCACCAGGACAAGCGCGCCCCCGGGAAGCCAAAUCAAUGACCAAAUCAUAUCGGGAGACUGGCCGGACCCUGGUGGCAGUGGAGCACAAGCCGCCUUGCCUGAACUGCUGGCUGGGAAUUACUUCACAGCUGCCCAAACAGGAAUUGCGGGCAUUCAAUCUUUUUUAGAGGAACGAAGAGCCAAGCAGGCUCAGGAGAAAACAAGAACAUCAAGAACAUCGGCGGACGCGUUCGCAGAGAGCGCAAUGGAGGAACCGCUUCUGGACAGCUCACCGCAGACUAACUCCGGGACUGCAUCUGACCUUCGAAUGGGAUGA